AAUUAGUUCUCAAAAUUGAUUGCUACAAAAGAAAGAAAUUUAUUAACUUUUUUAAGUUUUAAGAAAAAGGAAAUUGACAAGAAGUCAUAAGUCAUAACUAAGACAACAGAGACCAACCAAACAAUAACAUGAGUGAAAAAUCCCAGAAACUGUUAUCUUUAGCUCAACAGCUUCGUCUCUAUAAACCUCCUGAUUCUUUAAACAACCCGACAAGAAGACAAAAUGAGAUCCCACGAUGUGCAAAAACAAAAACAGCUGCAGUUCUUAUAUGUAUAUUUGAAGGAAAUGAUGGAGAUCUGCGUGUGAUCCUAACAGAACGCUCUUCAAGACUUUCUUCUCAUUCUGGUGAAGUUUCCUUGCCUGGGGGGGAAAGGGAGGAAGGAGAUGCUGAUGAUGUAGAGACUGCCUUGAGGGAGGCUACAGAGGAGAUUGGCUUGGACCCUUCUCUUGUUAAUGUUGUUACUGUUCUUGAACCAUUCAUGACAAAGUAUGCUAUGACUGUGGUUCCUGUGGUCGGCAUCCUGUUCGAUAAGAAGGCAUUCAAUCCAGCUCCAAAUGUGAAUGAAGUGGAAACAGUAUUUGAUGUUCCCUUAGAAAUGUUUCUUAAGGAUGAGAACCGGAGGGAGCAGGAGAAAGAAUGGAUGGGAGACAAGUAUCUACUUCACUUCUUUGAUUAUCAGUCAGGGAGUAAAAUGUAUACAGUAUGGGCUAUCACUGCUUCAAUAUUGAUUAGGGCUGCAUCGGUUGUCUACCAAAGACCUCCUGCAUUUCUAGAGCGAAAGCCAACAUUCUGGAAUGGAAAUCCUAUAAAGCUAUAGAUACCUGACGAUCUUGAAUUGGUGGUAUUGAGCACUAUCUUUAUACAAUAAAUUUAGAACCUCUCUACUUCUGAUCAUGUUAUUUGAAGAUUACGCAGAAUUCAAGAGACGUGAAUGAUCAAUCUCAAGCACUUCAGAGGCAUUUGAAUUUUCACAGUAGCCAACACCUGAUCACAAAUGCAAAUCAUCAUCAACUGUUCGUUGGCAUUGAUGAUCUGUCAUGGAGAGUACUGAGUAGAGACUAUGACCUUGAGCUUCCUAUGAAGUUUUGUGUUGUUUGCAGCUUGUAACCAUUUGCUUACUUGACUUGCUCUCUUGUAGUGAUAGCUAGAACUUGUGAUUACACUUUGUAAGGUUGUCGAGGUACUAAAUAUACAGUCGCAUUGAUUUC